AUGUGGACACAUCGACGACCAUUGCACACGUUGAUCAUGUCCGUGAACGAACUUUUCGCGCUGGAUAAGCGGGUAUCAGAGUUUCGCGACCUUCAGAAUCUCGAUGUUCAAAGUAACCAACUCACCUCGCUUCCAUCGUCGUUCUCACAGUUACAAAACCUCACAAGCUUGAAUCUCGCACGGAAUGCACUGAGCAGAGUCCCUUCAUGCAUCUUGGCUCUGACGUCCCUUGUUUCCCUCGAUCUCAGCGACAACAUGUUGGACACUUUGUGGUCUCAGGCAGAUGCAGAGAAAGCUGGUAUAGCUGCGUCUGAUGUGCUGCGAUCUCUUGCGACGCUGAACCUUGCGUACAAUUGCCUGAGCACCUCGGCGCUCGUACCCAUGCCGGCAUCGCUCAAGCGGCUCCAGCUCUCUCAUAAUUUAUUGCGUGAGCCACUGCCGAUCGAUAUAUGUGGCUCCGCCGUACAUCUAGAAGAGCUUGUGCUCAGCGGCAAUGACUUACCUGACGCUGUGUUCGCCCACGACGGGACAUCAUACGCAUUCCCACACUUGCACGUACUCGACGUGCGUAAAACGCAUGUGUCAUCCCUAUCGGCACUGGAGUCGCUUUUCGCGUCGGCACCCUCACUGAACGUGAGUGAAGCGAAAGACAAAAACCGUGCGCCUGUGCAUGCACCCAGGCUCGAAGGUGCGCCAGUGUGCACGCCGCACCAACUGGUGCGUGUAGCAAAUAUACCUACGCACCCAGACAAGCAGCAUGAUCCGGUAUGGAUUGCCACGCAUGACAAUACGCUGCUCCCACCCUUGUACAUUUUAUCGGAUGUGCAAGGACGAUCAGAGUCUUCGCACCGCCGGCGGCGCGGUGGGCGCGGCCGCGGUGGCGAAGACCGGGCUCGCACUGCUCGCGAUGAGCGCGAUGAGAAUGGGCAUGCCCCGCCGAAUGCAGGAAGCGCGCUUGCCAAUGCCAAACUGUCGACGAAAAAAAAAGAGGCACUGGGCCAGGUGCCAUGCAAGUUCUUCCGUAAUAAUGGCUGCUCCGCGGGUGAAGCGUGUCCUUUUGCCCACACGAUGCCAGGUGAAGGCCAGCCGAAAGCGGUGUGCCAGUGGUACAUCAAAGGCAGCUGCCGCUUCGGGCACCGCUGUGCAUUGGCACAUAUUUUACCUGGUCAGCCGAUGAGUAUGGACCGAAAGAACAAGCGCUCAGCACAACAGAGUGCGUCAUCGAAUGCCGCAGCUGGUGCUGGUGCGGGGGGGCAAGCUUCGUCGUCGUCGCAGAUGCCUACGGCACCGGCGCCCAGCUCGAACCAUACGGAUGAACAGUCCCGCCCUGACGACAAACAAUCUACAUCCCUUUUAGCAGCGCAUUUGCAGCCACCCCUCGCACCCACCACAUCUGCACCGAUACCUCCUAGUUCUUCAAGCGCCAUGCUCAUCCCGAAUCGCAACCACAAAAUGAGAAGAGACGGACCAGCUGCAUCUGCCCUCACUCUCUCGAAGGACUUGGAGCCCAGCUCGCUAUCUUUGCAUGCCGGCUGGCAUUCAGAUUCAUCUCGUGUUCGAAGCCAAGAGUCUACCGGAGCGACAGGAUUCGGCUCGAGUCCCUUUAGCCACCCUGGUUCACAUGGGUUGUUCUUUAAUGCAAAUUCAGACGCCCGCACGUCCCAGGACGCGACGGCUUCGCCAUGGCGCACGACUAGUAUGACAUUACCUGACACGAAGAGUGAUGAUCUACUCGCUGAUGCUGGACAUGCAGAAGACUUUUUGCCCUCGAGCCUGAGUGACUUGCUGACUCCUGCUGAGCUGGAGCGACGUACGCGCAGUUCUCGUGAUGCCGCAACGACCUCUUUGCUGCCUCUCGGCAUCAGAUUUGGUAUCCCAGAGCUUGCCAGUGGGUACGGGAUAUAUGAGUUCCGGGUUCGGUACCUCAUCGCCAGGGCAUGUGCCAUCAUUGGGAAACAGCAACCUCCGGUCAUUUAUGAGUGGGAUCGCUCCCCAUCGACGUCCCGGCACACACAGUAUGCACGCGUCGCCGUUUAUGCCGCCUACACUGGACCACGCUUUAAGCUCACCUCCUAA